UCUUUCUCUCUAUACGGUUCAUAACAACUUUUGCCGAACAGCAAACUGGCGCUCCCAACAAUGGACGUAUUUAGCUUUUUAAAAUUCUGGCGGUCUACCGGCGGCGAAGAACUCACCGGAGAAGACGCUCAUUCACUAACAAAUCCAUCGAAGCUUAUAUCUCGGAUCGAUAAACCUCAUACUGUAUACGACGAUGUGUAUGCCGGCGGCGAUGACUCUUUCAUCGAUUUUGAAUUUACAGUUGCAGAUUACGACGACAAAAAGGAAAAAUACGUUUCCGCUAAAAAUACCGAUUCCAAAAGAAUCAACGAUAAUCAGAAGAAGUCGCGGUCAACAAUUCCGUUCUUCAAGUCGUCGCCAAAGUUCCGAGUCUUAAUGUUGUUUAAGAAGUCAAAAUCGAAUGCGAUCUCUAACGAUGACUAUUCUACUUCCACUUCUUCUUCGGCGGCGGCGGCAGCGACUCCGAAUCGUUACAAUCAACGGAGGUCAGAUUCAGAACAGAGUAAGGGAGGUUUCGCUAUUAAAUGUAGAGUCGAAGAGAUUCCGAUUAUAUCUUUCAUUUCACGAGUCAACAGCUGGAGAGAUAAAUCUCAAGUUAGGGAUGGAAUUAGUGGAACCUCGUCGUCGAAUCGAUCUUCUUAUUCGAAGAUAUUAAAUCCGCUUUAUCUGAAGAGGUUCACCGAUAAGACGACAUUGAAAUCGGCGGUGGAGAAACAAGGAGAUCGAGAUCGAGAUCGACCGGCGGCGGCGGCCGUGGUACAAAAGAAGGACGAUUAUUCUCUGCAAAUACAGCAUGAUGAUGGAAUACAGAGCGCCAUUCUUCACUGCAAGAGGUCGUACAGUUCAAAGUAAAGAGAGGUAGAUCAAAUGUAACGAUUACUUGAGACUAGCUAUAGAGAUUUCCGCCAUGGAAGGAAAAGGAGCUUUUUGAUGCAUGGAAUCAUCUAGAACUUUUGCAGGCUGUAACAGAGAAAGAGAUCCAUCCAGAUUGAUGUACAAAGUAUGAGGUUAGCUUUCUAUAAAGCAACUGAUCAGUAAUCAAUACUAUAGCUAACUAGGAUCAGAGUUCUAAGAUUUGUUGGAUUAAUUUAUUUGAUAUUCAAGAGAGAAAUGAUUGAAGAUCUUAUGCAAAGGAUUCAUUUCUGCAUUCCUUUUACCUAUUAAAUUAUUAAUUGUCAUCAUGCUUCUUCUGCA